CGGAGGUAUGUACAAUACAACCGCGCGGACAGUGAGCAACCAAGACGUAAUCAACAUGAUAAAAAAAAAUAUUAUAAAAAAAAGGCCAGGUGAAGAAUCCUAGUGGAUUCUUACCUACAGCUGAUAUGGCUUUCCCUAGAAUUACUCAUUUUUAUACAGGUUGUAAUCCUGUUAUACUAUCGCAAUGUCUUUGCGACCGUUAGUUAGAGGAGCGUGGUGGAGGCGAGCUAUCACCUCUUCUCGAAAACACCAACUAAUUCCGAAUCCACUUACGAGUACCACAACGACUAUAAUAACAACACGACGGAGUCUAAAUACGGUACCGACAUGUCCCGAACCAACUUGCAAUUGCGCUGAUACUCCGUCGAUGCCGUGGGGACAAGGUAUCGACAAGAAUGGCAACUUGAAUGGUCUCAUUGCGGCCUAUGCGCAACAAGUUUUAAUCUGUACUGGCAAAGAUGACUGGGCGUCACGUAUAGAAGAGGACAAUAGCGGCGAUAACCUCGCUGCCGACCUUAAGGAAUUGGUAGGCCGAGGAGGCGUAUAUAGUGAUCCUUUCCACAACCUCUCCAUUAUAAAUACUUCGUUCCCUUCCGCGAUAUCUAGACGACCCGAAGUACAAACGACAUCCGUGUAUCUCCUCCCUAGCUUCAAAUACAUCCCAUUCCUCCCGAGAGUCUCGUUCGACUCCGUACAAGCCCUAGUCAAAGGCUACCUACUCCCCGAGAAACUCCAUCCCAUGAACGAUGGCCUAUCCCCAAUACAUAAAGACCGUCUACUGCGGAAACCGGCUUACGAGGAGAUGCUCUACGGCGUGCGAGAUAUAGAUGACGUUUUCGUCCUAAUUUGUGGGCACGGACAGCGGGAUAAGAGAUGUGGCAUCUACGGACCUGUUUUACAAGAAGAAUUCGAGAGGCAACUUCCAAGAGCAGGUAUAGACGUCCUCACGGACCCGGCAGUCGAUGAGAGUGUCACGGCGCCACAGCUCUCGGGCACUACAUCGGGGCAGGAAGCAUCGCGUACGGCGAGAGUCGGCCAAAUCAGCCAUAUUGGUGGACACAAAUUCGCGGGCAAUGUCAUUAUAUACCUCCCGCCGGCCUUCAAGAACCCUGCCGGAAACCCGCAUCCCCUGGCUGGUCACGGAAUCUGGUACGGUCGGAUAGAUCCGAAACACGUGGAAGGUGUGAUCAAAGAGACCAUUCUUAAUGGAAAUGUCAUCGCGGAUCAUUUUAGAGGUGGUAUCAAUCAGAAAGGAGAAAUCCUUAGAUUAUAGACGUGCUAGAUUUAGGCAUACUAAGAUUCGGAAUCUCGAAUGGGCUGGUAUUCGAGAAAAGAGCUCUUCAAAUGUACCAUCUUGGGAAACGGAUUGUAAAUAGAACAUCACAGCUCAAUUAGAAUGUUUGGGUGUGAGGAUCCCAACUCCGGAUAGAAGGAGGUAAUGAAAAGAAACCAAUUAACCAA